UAUGUUAACCCAAACAAUCAGUCGUGCCUUUAGUCAAGUUGUCUUAAAAGCUAACAAGAAUCAAGCAAGAGAGUUGGGAGAGUAUGCCAUAGAAUUCAUGAAAAAUGGUAAUCCAAGUGUAAAAGUCCUUGAGAGAUGUAAACUCUUCCACACAGACUCAGUAUUCUGUGGUGUUAGUGCAUUAGCUUUGAAAACAAAUGCUCCAACUAUUUUAGCGUAUGAAUACUUGAUAUAACUAUUAGUUAAGAAGCCAAAUCAUUGGCAGCCAAAACAGGGGCAGCAUCAAAACCAAAGCCUGGAUUUGCAAAAGUCUUUGGAAGCAAUUUAUGGGUGCCAGCCACAAAUGCAAUAGUAGCCAACUCUGCUGCUGUAAGAGAAUGGGAUUCAAAUGGCACAGUGUUUGGAUAUGAUGCUAGUAGUCCAUUAAGAAGAGCAGGUGAAUUUGGUCAUAAUGAUUAUUAUCCAGUUGUUAUUGCAGCUGCUUAAUAAAAUGCAACUAUUGAUGGAAAGACAGCACUUAAGGCUAUGGUAUUGAGUGAUGAAAUCAGAGGAAGAUUAGCUGAAGUAUUUUCAUUAAAAACAUACAAAAUUGGUAUAGAUAAUAUUAAUAUUAUAUAGAUCAUGUUGUUCAUGGAGCAAUUGCAUCAAUCUGCACAUAUGGAGCAUUAUUGGGAGCUACUCCAGCUUAAAUUGAAUCAGCAAUUGGUAUGUUUGUAGCCCAUUACAUUCCAUUCAGAGCUAUUAGAGCAGGACAUCAAUUAUCUGAUUCAAAGGGUGCAUCUGCUGCUAUUUCUACUGAAGCUGCUAUUAAAUGUUUGUAGAGAUCAAUGAAUGGAUUUAUUGGUCCAGCUGAUAUCUUCCGUAAUCCAGAAGCUAUUUUCAGAUUAUUCUAAAAGACUAAAGGAGAUAGUCCAUUUGAUAUUACACUCUCAUUAAGUGGAGAUGAUUUUGCAGUUAUGGGAAUGCAUUUCAAAUUAGGAUUGUAUGAACAUUAAUCUGCUGGUGCUUUGGAAGGAUUAUAAAAAUUAAUUUUGGAUACUAAAUUUGUUUAAAAUUAUUCAAUUGACUCUGUUGAUAAAAUUAAAGUUACUGCUUAUGAACCAGCAUUUGGUAUUAUUGGUGAUCCAGCUAAAAGAGAUCCACAUACAAGAUAAUCAGCUGAUCAUUCUAUGGUUUACAUUUUAGGUACAAUGUUGAGAAAGGCAUUCACUGAGAAAUCAUUCCAUUAACUUUUAUCUAGUACUAAUGAUUUGAAUGCAAUUUGGAAAGCUCUUUUCCUUUCACCAUAUGAUUAUAGUCAUGCAGCUGUUAGAAAUAAGGAUACAAGAGUAUAUAAUAUUAAUUUAUAUUAUUAGAAACUUAUGGCCUUAACAGAAUUUGAACAUGGAGGAAAAGAAUAUGAUGAUAAAUAUCCUGAAGGUAUUCCAACAAGAGUUUAAAUCUUAUUGAAGGAUGGCAAGAAUUUAGAUAGUCAAUUUGUUAUGUUCCCAUCUGGUCAUGCUAGAAAUACACAAUGUGAUUUAAGUGGAAUCCUUUAAAAUAAGUUCAAAUAAUUAGGAAAGAUUGCUAUAAAGGACUAAAAAUAAUAAGAUUAGUAAAAGCUAUUUAUUAUAUUUUAAGAUUCUAUCAACAAUUAAAUUCUAUUGAUACCCUUAAUAAUAAGGAUUUACAAACAAUCUAUAAUUGUGAAAUCAAUUAUGCCUCAAAAUCCAUUGAUGAAUGAUU